AUGUUAUCAGCACCGAAGAUUCCGGCAACACAAACGGCCAUCAUACAGCAUGAUGGAAGCCUCAAGAUUACCUCGGGCUUGCCCAUCCCCGAGUUGGAGGCUAAUCAUCUACUUGUGCGAACCGUAUCCGUGGCACUGAACCCUUGUGAUUUCAAGAUGCCCCUACGGUUUCCCACCCCCGGACUCUGGGAUGGAUGUGACUUCUCGGGUACCGUCGUCGCCCUGGGUAAAAAAGUGGCCGAGAAGGGUCGAUUUCGUAUUGGUGACAAGGUCUUCGGCGCUGUUCAAGGGUCAAACCAAUCUGACCCAACCUCGGGGUCCUAUUGCGAAUACUUGCAGAUUGAUGAGGAUUUUACAUUUCAUAUUCCGAAAGGGGUAGAUUUCAAGGAUGCACCGGCAAUCUCCGGUACUGGCAUCGCAACACUUGGGGUUGCCCUAUUCUGGUCGCUCCAGAUUCCUGGAAGCUUGGAAGACCCGUCAGCUAUCCCCGAAGAUGUCCUCAUCUAUGGAGGAAGCAGCACCAUUGGACUUCUGGCCAUCCAGAUGGUAAAGCUAUGCGGCCAUCGAGUAAUAACAACGUGCUCCCCAAAGAACAUCGAUUUGGUUAAGUCCUAUGGUGCCGAUCUGGUUUUCGAUUAUAAGUCUGACACAUGUGCGCAAGACAUCCGGGCUGCCACAAAAAACACGCUUCGCUAUGCUCUCGAUCCGUUUGCUGAGGCAAGUACCGUGCGCUUAUGCCAGGAUGCCAUUGGCCGAACAGGGGGAAGAUACUGUGCGCUGGAGCAAUACCAGGAGCAUCUCUGUACUCGAAGGACGGUCAAGAACGAUCUAGUUAUGGGAGGUGCUAUAUCUGGCAAUGGCGUGCAGCUACCAGAGCCGUAUGGAAUCCCACCACGGCCUGAAAUCGGAAAUUGGGCUCGAUCGUGGUAUAAAACGGUUCAAAUUUUAGUCGACGCUGGUAAACUGCGACCAAGCCCAGUCAGACUGCUUCCUGGGCGCUUUGAGGGAGUUAUCGAAGGGCUGAAUCUGCUGAAAGAGGGAGCCAUCUCCGGUCAGAAGCUGGUUGUUUUACUGCAGGAGGAAGCAUGA